CAAGUAUCAGCCCAUUCAACAUGCAAUCCCCACUGAAACAGCUGGUUACAUUUACCAGCCAAACCGCCGGACUAGAAAAGACUCUCCGCCUCAUCCAGGCAACCUCGCAGAUCGUCGGCGUAACCAGCGACGACAAGACCCUCUCGGCCCAAUGUCUCGCAGCACGGGACCGACUAGCCCUAGGCCGUCGCUAUUUCCGCCUCCUGGACUUCUACGGCUGCUUUGAACGCGUAUAUCUCCUCUCCACCACCACUUCCUCGGCAGGAGCCGUAUUGGCCACUAUGGAACUGGCCCAGUUUACCUUCUUGGGACUGUACCUGUUUCUUGAGAAUUUUACAAUUCUCCACGACAUGAACGUCGCCCAGGUAGACUGGUACCGCCCGCUCAUGACCGAGGCAAACAAGUUCUGGUUCUACGCCCUGGUACUGUCUAUUCUGCGUAUGACGUGGUUAAUCCUAUUUCCUGUUGCUGAGCCUGCUCCUGCAAAGGGUAAGGGUAAAGGCAAAGCCGGCGCGAAGACAGUCGGCCAGCCAAAGUGGCCCCUGGUGAAGAAGAUUAUCAUCGAUGGCUGCGAUUUAACCCUACCUGGGUCUUUUAUUGGGUGGGUGCCGGCCUCGGGGUUGCAGGUUGGGCUUGCGAUGGUUGUGAGUACGCUUCUGGCUGGGCAUAAUGUUUGGUUGGCGCAGCAGGGGAGAAUGCGUUAAAUCUUGGAUUUGGGGUAGUUGAGUUGCUUGGCAGAGACAGAUAGACACUAUAGAGAUAGAGAUAAGGGGUCGGGCCAUAGAGCUAGAUGAAUAAACUCG